AUGUCUUUCGCGCAUCCAAACAAAUCGCCUGAUAAGGAAUCAGGCACCCGGCCUAUUUCACAGCGUCCCUCAUAUGCAGCAGCCACGCGUGCACCUUCUUCGAUUCGUGAAUCAUUGAAGACACCCAAGGACCGUAAAUUAGCAACUCAUUCCAAUGUGUGGAAAGUAGGUGGUUCUCCUGCCUCAUGUCCCAGUUUAUUUUUCGACUUCACUUCUCGUCCUGAAAGUCGCUCUUCUUUGCUACGUUUUGUCAACACCAGUAUCCCUAAAAACGUUGGAGCAUGUCUUCACUCUGAUCACUCACGACGCAUCGUUGAACUUUUCAUCCCUGUAUGA